AUGGCGACAACCACCAGAACUAUCACUCGGGCGUUGAGUAAAGACACAAGAACGCUUGAUUGCAUCUAUGACGAAAAUUACAUCGAAUGUUCAAAGAGAGACUACGACAGAAUGUCCUACAAGGCCCGGGCGCAAGCUAGUAGUUUUGAGCGUGUGCCAGUGUUCAAAAACAUGUUCUCGGAGUUACAGCAUUACCCGUGCUGUCAGCUGAAAGUAAACUGUCCCUUCCCUGCUCACUUGACACCGGUAUGGAGAUCUGGUGCAUAUCGUAACACACAAUCUUGGAUCCGAUACCAAACACUCAACAGCUAUAUCCCUCCUCGGACUCCGAUACCAAACUCGACAGACUACAACAAGAUGGUUGUACAUAGAUCUGACGCCGAGGUCUACAACAGUGGCCCAUCAGUGAAACCUUCAAGGCAGGAAACGUUGUUGAAACAGAGUCAGCUCCCUCAUUCCAGCAUAGAAGAUGACUGUCCGAAAACAGUAGAGACACAAACAGACUACAGAGACUCCGAGGCUCAGACUGAUCCAUUCUCUCCCCUGUAUGUUGUCCCAACUGGCGACGCUCCGGAGCUGAUCAGCCUUGCAACGUUAUCAUGGGGGAAAGGAUUACCGGCUGGCCUAGCUGAGGUACAGAUGAUUGGCCGCUUACGGGGAAAGAGAGCCUGGGAAGCGAUUCUCAGGGGAGUCAAGAAUAGCUCUGAGAUGAAGGAGAGGCGCAGAGUGAUGAUCAUGAUUGAAGCAAACGAGUGGCUGACCAGGGAACAGCAGAUUGAAAGGCUACAGGAAGCGAGGCUCAAGGUCACGAAGAGACUGCUGUUACAGAGAGAAGAGUUCCACCAGAAGAAAAUUAUGAAGAAACUGGACAAGAUUUGGGCUGUCAAACAGAAGGAAAAGGAAAGUGCCCUAAAGAAGAUCAGGAGGGAACAUGUGAGCGAGAUACGCAGAAUACUACGACACCGAGCUCCUGUUCCGAGGACGUCCUUCAAAAGAAACAUAGCCAAAGAAUAUGCUGAUCCUAGUUCCCAGGUCUACGCUCCCAUGACUAGGCUGGGCCGUUUCAUGGACCGUAACUCGCAGCUGUACGUGGUUACUUCAAAACAUCUAUCAACAUAUGAGGGGCUGCUCGAUCUGGAGGCAUCCUUGCCUGAUUUUGUUCUCAAGCCUCGGGUGACGAUACCGCCUCCUCCCCGGAGCAUGCGCAGAUCACGGAUUCAUGUUAGGCCAUGCACGAGUAAUGUAACUUUUGAAGAAAGUACCGAGGUUGUAGAUAUAAACUUUGAGGAAGAAGGUUCGCAGAGUUCGAAUAGUUACUCAAGCAGGCCCUCAAGGUUCAGUAAAUUCCGCUUGAUGAACGAAAACUUGGAGGAACUAACGUCUCAACAAAGUAAAGGAGAGGGCAGUCGGAAAUCAACGUUGAAACAGUUGCAGACGAGCUUCCAAGUCAACCAAACAGUUACCCAGCCGUCGACACCAGAGUCCAAAAUGUUCCCAGAUAAUGAUGUGGAUGAGUCACAGAAGCUGGCCGUGACCUUGAUCCAGCAAUUAAUUCGUGGACGUUCGGUACAGAACAAAAUGUUUGAAGGCAAGGAAAGAUACCGUGACCUCAUCAGUGAGGUGAAGGCCAGUCUGCUGUUUGACACAGCCACUAACCAGACAGUGAAGCAGCACAAGCAGCACGUAACUGAGACCCUACAUGAGCAGAGGGCCAGAAAUGAGCACAAAGAGUCACUCGUGAACGAUGCACUACAAGAGCUGGAGAGCAAAAGUGUGGGCGAAUGUCUGGACUUUCUCUCCAAGGAACUCCUUCGAUUGGAAGAAGAGCGGAGAAUACACGCGUUCGCAAUCAUCUGCGAGCGUCAGAGACGCGAGCGGGAAUUGGCUGAAGGCAGAAUACGACAACAGGAGAUGCGAAGGCGAGAUGAAGAAGAUGAGAUAUUCAAGGAGAUCCUAAAAACCCACCAGUGCUCUGUAGACGGGUACUUGGAUCAAGUCAUCUCAGCCACCCUGGAUCACACUGCCGAUGAGCAGUCCAAGCUUGAGAUCCAGCGCCAAGCGGAAACAAUCAACGAUCUGGCAUAUGACUGCGAGAAAUACCGUGAUCAGAUUAUGAGCGAAGAGAUCGCUGCUGAUCUUGUUCACUCCUUUCUCAUACCGGAAGCCAAGAAGAAAUUCAUCCGAGAAAAAGUUCGCAGAAACCAGCGUCGUUUUCUGAUAGCGGCCCAUGAAGAAAUCUACCUCAUGGAAAACCCAUUUUUGGGGAAUGACAGCCUCCUAGCUUUCACCACCCUGUCCUGA